AAGGGGAAGGGACUCCGGUAGGCCGGCGCGGGGAUGGGGGAGAAGAAGCCGAAGGCGGCACCGAAAAAGAAACGCAAUGGAGCGAACCGAAAAAGAGAGAACUUCGAGGAGGGAAUGCUUGGAAGGAAUUGUACGGAGAUUCUUUUGUGGAGGCGAGGGUGAAAUAAGAGCAGCUCUUUCCUUCGCUUCGGGGACCGCAGUGUGACAUUUUCCAGGAAGAACCAGACUUGCGGUUUGCUGGCUGUGUUUUUGGUAGACGAGGAGACGGAUGGUAGUUCCGUCCUUCGAAAUACCAGCCUAUUUCAUUCUCAAACUGCGUGAGACAAAAAAAGGAUCGUCAUCCGCCUUACCUGGGUGUCUGUAAUGUAAAUGUAAAGUCGGGAAAAAUAGUGAUCAGCAGAGGUGCCAGUGAAAGUGCAGGCAAACAUAUGCUUGAAGCAUGCAACAAUAAUCUAGAAAUGGCUGUCACUAUGUUCCUUGAUGGUGGAGGAAUUGCUGAAGAACCCAGCACUAGUUCUGCAAGUGUAUCAAAUCUACGACCACAUACAGAAGAUGAAGUGAGGGCACCUAUUCCUCAAAAACAAGAAAUUCUGGUAGAACCCGAACCCUUAUUUGGUGCACCAAAAAGACGUAGACCAGCUCGUUCAAUAUUUGAUGGCUUUCGGGAUUUCCAGACAGAAACUAUUCGGCAGGAGCAAGAAUUGAGAAAUGGAGGAGCCAUAGAUAAGAAGCUCACUACCCUUGCAGAUCUCUUCAGGCCGCCAAUUGAUUUGAUGCAUAAAGGAAGCUUUGAAACAGCCAAAGAGUGUGGUCAAAUGCAGAACAAGUGGCUCAUGAUUAAUAUUCAGAAUGUGCAGGAUUUUGCCUGUCAGUGUCUCAAUCGUGAUGUUUGGAGCAAUGAUGCUGUAAAAAAUAUUAUCCGGGAACACUUCAUUUUUUGGCAGGUAUACCAUGAUAGUGAGGAAGGACAAAGAUAUAUACAAUUCUAUAAAUUGGGAGAUUUCCCUUAUGUUUCUAUCCUGGACCCCAGGACAGGGCAGAAACUAGUGGAAUGGCAUCAAUUAGAUGUAACUUCUUUUUUGGACCAAGUGACUGGGUUCCUAGGUGAACAUGGACAACUGGAUGGACAUUCCACCAGCCCUCCCCAGAAACGUACUCGCUCAGAGAGCUUAAUUGAUGCGAGUGAAGAUAGCCAGUUGGAAGCUGCAAUCAGGGCAUCAUUACAGGAAACACAUUUUGACUCUGAACAAAUAAAGCAGGAAAGCAGAUCAGAUGAAGAGUCUGAAUCGGAGCUUUUCUCUGGAAGUGAGGAAUUUAUUUCUGUUUGUGGUUCUGAUGAUGAUGAGCCAGAAAGUUCUGCCAAAUCUAGAAAAUCUCCGCACAAGGAUUUGGGUUGUAGAAAAGAGGAAGGCAGAAAACCUCAACCUGAACCAACAUCAAGAACUGAACCUGAGAUGAUAAUAAAUCACAGAGGACUAUCUUCUGUAGAUUCAGGAGUGCUAGAAGAAACUGGAACUAAACUAGAUGACUUACAGAAAGAACCGAGCAUCAAUGGACCAAAAGCACAACUAAUGCUAAGAUAUCCAGAUGGGAAGAGGGAACAGAUUUCAUUACCUGAACAAGCUAAGCUUCUGGCUCUUAUCAGACACGUACAGUCAAAAGGAUACCCCAAUGAACGUUUUGAACUCCUCACCAACUUUCCCCGGAGGAAACUUUCCCAUUUGGACUACAACAUCACAUUACAGGAAGCUGGUCUUUGUCCACAAGAAACUGUAUUUGUUCAGGAAAGGAAUUAAUUUUCCCCUUUGUCAUCUCCACCUACAGUACUAACUCAGUACAUAUACAGAAUUGAAAGCAGGCAGCCAUUUCUCUCCCAUUCUUUAUGCUAUUCUUAACAAGUGAACGAAGUGAAAUUGGCAGAAAAAGUUCAUUGAUGCUGGAAGAAGGCUUAUGUGUUCAGUAGUUUGUUGCUGUUUCAAAAUAAAGUUGCCUAUACAUCCAGCAUGUUGCAGAAGAGAACACCGAGAGCAAGAAUAAUUUUCUUCCCCUAAGAAAAGAAACCUUUUCUUUAAUACAUUCAUUUUUCAAAGGUCAUAUAACCAGGUAUUAAGGAAUUCUUCAGACAACCAUGUCAAUAUGUGUCAUCUAUUUACAUGGAAGAGUUUUUGUGUUUCCAAUUGACAUGUGCAUUGUUUGGUUUUCAGCAUGUGUUCUUUUUCCUUGGGUUCCACAUGUUUUGAAAUCAGAAUGCUUCCUACCAUAUACUGCUGCUGGUUGCAUGUAAUAAAUUGUCACACAUUUAUGGUGCACAGGCUUUAAUGACUACGUGAAGAGAUUCUGUGUUUUGGCUACAAGUCAAGAAAAAAACAAAUGAUGUGCUAGAUUCAUUGCCCAAUUUCAUAAAUCAGUGAUCUUGCAAAAGGGGCUGUAGAAUAUGGAACAUGAAAGAGUCUAUUUUAAAUUGAUUUGUAUGUAUUGCUUUUGUUAGAGAGGAAUGUGGUAAUAAAGAAAAAUGAUAGAUGUACUUAGUAGUAUAAAAUUGCUUUGUGUAACCCAGAACUGCAGGCUUCUUCCUUUUCACAAUUAAAAUUAUAGAAAGGGAAUUGAUUUAUCUCUUUUUUUCUUCAAAAUGUUAGCAGAAAUGAAACAUUCAUAGAGGUUGAAUGUAAUGUUCUUAAUGUUGUUUUCGUUCACUAUUCUGCCAUUUGGAUGUUUCUCCCAUUGACAUUUAGUGAACGUGUGCAGAUUCUGGGCCCCAAGCAAGCAUCUUUUUUUCAGAAAUUUUGAAAUAUUUUUGAGUAACAAUUGAAUUUAAUUAAGUUAAUAACAUUUAAUUAAAAGUACAAACCAGUAAACAUGGUUUCCCAACAAUAAAUACGAUUUGAAAAAAAUAAGAAAUAGCUGCUUGCCAUCAUUUUUUCUAAGUGGCCAAAAAAAUUAUAGAUGUGCUCCAGAUUUUAUACAAUGGCAACUGAGUGUUGGAUCAUUUGGAUCUGAUAAUAUUUGGCGUUAAACUGUAGUAGGAUGGGUUGUAUUGACAUUACAUUUGAUUAAUUCAUGUAUGUGAACUUAAGGAUUAAAGAUACUUAUACUGCAUUGUAGAAUGAAAACAUUUCCCUAUUUAUUUUUUUUCCUGUACAGAUACUAGUAACAGAUAUAAGACAAAUGUAGCAUGGAUUAAUAAGUGUUUUAUACAUAAGCCACAAUUGCUUUUAUGUUGAAAACCAUGCAGCUAUUACAUUCCUAAAUUAAUGGAGACCCAGCAGUAUGCUCAGUAACGGAUCUAGCUUUAAAUAUGAAAUGUUUUUGAAAAUUGAUGCCUACAAACAUUUGAGGUAUAGGUAAAAAGAACAGUGAAGGUUGAUACUGUAGGUAGUAGUCUGUUAAAAUUUAUCUAAACAUUUGUAUCAAAUACUAUCUCUUGUUGCUCUACCUUUUUAAAAAAUCAUCUUUCAUCCUUCAUUUUUCCUUCAAUUUUGUUGUGACCUUUCCUGCCUUACCUUUCAGAAAUCUUUUAAAGUUCUUGGUCUGCUCCAAAAAGCUGCUCCUAUCUGUCUAUGAGCUAUGUGAUGUUUCUACAGUACAGUACAAUCCUUGACUUUAAUCAGAUUAGCAAUUUAUAAACUAUUGGAAGAAUGGCAGUGGUAAUAUCCAUAAAUCAUUAAACUGUAUUUUUUAAAUCUCUCAACUCAAAUAAAUUUGUUUUCCUUGUUCACUAGUUUAUACCAAUUUAGCCCAGCCCACCUCCCACCCCAAAUCCAUGUAGGUAUUACUUAGCAAAUUAUAUCAGGGCCUCAUAUUCAAACUUUUAUUUCCCACUGCUGAGCAUAAGGAUGUAACAGUAUUUAUGCCAGUUGAGCUUUUCUGGAGAAGGAUUUCUACAGUUACUAUAAAAAGAGACACCUUGUGAUUUACCUUCUCCUGCACCUAAUCAUAAACAUAUAGCAAUAGCUUAUAUGUUACUUAGACUUAUAUACCACUUAUAUACCACAGUGCUUUUACAGCCCUCUCUAAGCGGUUUACAGAGUCAGCAUAUUGUCCCCAACAAUCUGGGUCCUCAUUUUACCAACCUCGGAAGGAUGAAAGGCUGAGUCAACCUUGAGCUUGGUGAGAUCUCCCAAACUGCUGGCAGCCAGUAAUCAGCAGAAGUAGCCUGCAGUACUGCACUCUAACCACUGCGCCAUCGUGGCUCUUUUGAAUCACUUCGUUUUACUCUUAUAGCACUCUUAUAGCAGUAUAAGAAGAUCAGGACUUUUCUUAGAAUUCUUGCACUUAAUGCUGGCAUUGCUUUAAUGGAAAGUACUUUCGUUCAUAUUUGGAGCAGUUCUCAAAAUUCCCUGAAAUUGUACCAGCAAAUUUUGGUAGCACAUUGCUGAUCAUUAUAGAGUUCAGAUUUCAUACCCGUUGUUGUCCAUGAGGCAAACAGAAUGUUUGCAUAAGCUUAAUACCAGGAUUAAUAGUAGAUGUACCCUAGAAAUUGCAGCCUGCCCACUUGGGUGAUUUGCUUUUUUGCAUUGCCUUGCCAACUGCGAGCUUUAGCCAGCCCCCACUUCCCCUGAAUAUGGACCCUGACUUCUGCCCAAUGCAGACCCCUAUAGACUCUCCUAUAAUACAACCCACAAGAUUUCUGCCCUAGAAAUUGCUGUGUAUGCUAGAGAUUAGGUAAGCAGCAAACCUGUUUGUGCAUGUCUCAUACUUCCCUUAACAAAAUCUGUAAAAAGUGGAAAUGGCGUUUGGAGUGGAAGUGGAAAUUCAAGCACAGAAACCAGGAUAACUGCAAAAAAUUUCAUUUACUCAACAUUUAGUUACUUUUUUAUAACUUUAUCUUACAUAUCUUCCAUUUAUUGGGCUUUAUUCUUAUCCUUAAAAUAGUCUGGAAGUUAAAUCAUGGCAACUGGGCUUUUUGGUUUGAAACUUUUCGCUGCUUAUCUAAGUAGUUCUUCAGUCUGAAGAAAAAUAGUUUAGCAGAAUAUCCUUAAAACAGUUUAGCAGAGCAGCUGAAGGCCUUAUGAAUGGUGGUUCUAAGAUACUCUUGAGAAAGUGAGAACUCUCUCUAAGAGUUCUUGUUCCUAAGAUUAUUGUGCUGCUUUCCAAGCGGGAAAGCAGCACAUAAAUCUUAGGAACAACAUUAUUAUAAUUGGAUAAUUUAAAAGUUAUUGUUACUAGCAUUUUUACAGGUUUUUGUUUUAAAGAUUACUGUUCAAGGAAUAUGGAUACGGAUUAUGUAAAAGAUGUUGUGAAUCCAUGCCUGAUUCUAGAUUGUCCUCUUUUGUCUCUAGACCUAAACAUCAUUCCAUUUAAGUAAAAUAUUUUUUAUAUUGUUAUUUCAAAAACAAUUUUAGCAAACACAAAUAGAACCCACUGGGGGUUCUAGUAUUUUAGUCCUAUUUCAGUUUACUAUUGAAGCAGAUUAGUGGUCACAGAGAACUUUGAAAGGAUCUUUGGAGGACUAACACCCCUGUCCACACACAUAACUAAAUGAUAACGCAUUCCCAGCAGUUGGAGUUUAGGGUGUAUCUAAACAAUCUAAACAACAAUUAUGUUUGAUAUAAUUGACAAGCCUUCCAUCUGCAAAAUCAUUUGAAAUAAGCUCUUCAUUUUCAUUGUUUCACUUUUAAAUAUGUGGCAUUGCUGCAGGUGUAAUAUUAGAAGAUGAAUUCAAAAGGCAUUCCAAAGUCUUUUAAUGACAGUUUUAUCUGUUUGGAGAAAUUGAGAUAUUAAUAAUAUUUAACUUUGGAUGAUGUGAUUUGGAUUCUGAUAAAAUUAUGGUUCCUUCAAAACAUUAACUUUUUAAAGUUGGAUUGCUAGCUUUAUAUUGUUAUAGCUUGAGCUAUGUAAAACUGUUGUCUACCCUUUUACCAGUAAUAGAAGCCAUUUCUUUUAAUUCUGAUAUAAUUUUAAAAUGAGUGGGGGAAGAGAUUUCACUUGCUGUGAUGAGAAUGAUCAAACUCAAGGCAACCUCUGAUCUAUAUGUACAACUGCUGCAUUUUUAUAAAUAUGUGUAAAUGUCCUUCCUAAUGUAAUAUUUUGAUCCUGAAAAUAAAUCAGACAUUUUCACUA